GUAGAUGGUAUAGAUUUAGCUGUUGGAUAUGAAAAUCUAUCACUUGAUAUUGAAGAAUUUGAAAAUAAAUCUGUUUUAAUCUUAGGUAGAGGAAAUUCAGCAUUUGAAGUCGCUCAACAUAUUUAUGAUGCUACUAAUUAUAUUCAUAUGAUAUCACGAUCACGUGUACGAAAUGCUUAUGCAACACAUUAUGUUGGAGAUUUAAGAGCUAUUAAUAAUCAAUUACUUGAUACAUAUCAAUUGAAAUCACUUGAUGCUCUUGUUGAAACUGAUUUAAUGGAACAUGAACUAUCUCGUAGACCAGGCGAUGGUCGUAUUCAACUUAAACGUAAAAAACUUGCUAUGGAUCCAUCUAUUCAAGAACGACAAGAAACAGCAACUUAUGAUCUAGUUAUUCGAUGUUUAGGAUUUAAAUUUGAUGAGUCUAUUUGGCAUCCGGAUAUUCAAAUAGAAAAAAAUCUUGGUCGAACAAAGAAAUAUCCAAAAAUUCGUUAUGAUUAUCAAUCAUUCAAUUAUGAUCAUUUAUAUUUUGCUGGUACAUUAAUACAUUCAAUUGAUUUUCGAAAAUCAUCUGGUGGAUUUAUUCAUGGUUUUCGUUAUAUAACUCGAGCACUUCAUCGAAUAUUUGAAUAUCGUUAUCAUGAAAAAAAAUGGUCAUCAAUUAUUUUAUCAUGGUUUUCAUUAACAAAUUAUUUAAUUAAAAGAAUAAAUGAAGCCGAUGGAAUCUAUCAAAUGUUUGGACAACUAGUUGAUGUUAUAUUAAUUGAUAGAAUAAAUUAUCAAUGUCGAUAUCUUGAAGAAUAUCCAGUACGAUUACUUCCACGUUUAGAAGAAAUAACAGGUUAUAAAUUUGACAAUUUAUUGAUAUUAAAUAUGCAAUAUGGCAUGAAUUAUUCUGGAGCCGGUCGUGAUGUAUUUGCAUUUGAUCGUGUUUCUGCCUCAGUAAAUACAGCAGAUCGAUCGAAUUUUCUUCAUCCUGUUCUUUAUUAUUAUGAUUCUCCAUUACAAGAAACAGAUUUUGAUAAUGUUAAAUCUGGUUUUUUACCUUUGAUAUCAUCCGUUCGUAUACAUCAUAUUAUUGAAAAUGUUCUUACAUUAUGGAUGCAACCUGAUGAACAUAUUUUACCAUUGAGAAUAUUUCUUGAAAAUAUUCUUAAUAUUAAUUUACAACAACGAACAGUUAUUUCUUAUGCACGAAAAAAAAUGCUUCAACAAAAAUUAACAAUUCCUGUUCGAUUUUAUGCAGCAGCUUAA